AUGGCCGACGAUACGCGGAAUACCGUCGAUUUGAAUGCGCUUCCACCAAAGCCCCGCGCACCUGCCAACACAAUGCCCGGUGGCACAGCGCAUACAGCAGGAGGAGACAAGACUUCGGACGGUGGCAUCACAUACAUCGAUGCAGUACGAAGUCUCGGACCAGAAUACUACUUGAACUUCCACAAGCGACCAUGUGUACGAGACAGUCAAUUGCAAGGACUGGCAGCUGGAUUUGCCGGAGGAAGCUUAGCCGCUAUUAUAGGGAAGCCGGUCAUCACAGCCUCCAACUGGGCCGUAGCAACCUGGUGCGGUGUCUCCGUCGUCUCCUACCAAGUAUGCCAGUACUACCGGUCCAAAGAGAAGGCUGGUAUAAAACAAGCACAAGAAUUGAUGGAGAAAAAGCGCGCGACUAUCGAGGCGAAGAAGGAGGCACGGCGGAGAGCGAGGGAAGAGCAGGAUCGACUAGAGGCAGAGCGUAGAGCAGAGGAAGAGAGGAGAAAGAGUUGGAGUUAUUGGUACCAGAAGAAUGUCAAGUUUUGGUACUGGCCUGGAUUAUCUUCACAUACCAACACUUCCAACGCACCAAUGCCCAAGCGCAAAGCAACCACAGCAGUCGGCGCUGGUCACCGUACUAAGCGCUCCAAAACCCAAUCCUUGCUUUGGAAGCCAAACACAUGGAAGGUCAAACGCUUCAUCACCACCAAUAUAUUGCUGCUGGUCAGCCGUACGAACGCAAAGGCGCUGCUGGUCAAGAAACUUCAUGACCUGGACCCGGAAGACGAAGAAGAAAAUGAGCAACCACCUGAGAUUGCCACCCUUACCCGACUGCCCGACUGCAACAGAGUGGUCAAGCCGAUUUCCUACAACCACGCAGACCCCGAUCCGGAUCAUAGUACCGCUCUUUUCCAGCACUACUUGCUGGGCGAUAUUCAGCAGUGGAAGAGACAACAUCAGGCCCUGGCGUUUAUUCAAGGCAAUAUUGAUCUGAAUCGGGACGAGCGUGGUUGUAUGAUACAUCGGGACAUCAAGCCCAAGAACAUUCUGGUCAUCGACCACCUCGCUGCGGUACCUUUCACAGAUGUUUGGGCGUUGGGUGCCUGCAUGCGCUUUCUGGCGACCGGAAAGGCGCCUAUCGAGAACGGCGAUGCCUAUACUGCGAGGCGAUACCGCGACAACAACAACCAGCAUCCAGCUCCCGCUCAGGUCUACGACUACCAAAACCGCUACUACGAUGCUCAUGAUCCUCGACGAGCCAUCCCAAUCAACCUCAGCAAAGAUCAGCUGCACCAGCGAGGCCUAAGUCUAUCUACAGAAGAGAAGCGCGCCCAGGGCAUAGGUCCGGAAUAUCAUCAGUACAGCGACGAGCUGAACGGCUGGAUAAUGCAGAGUCUGAGCCGCGCUUCAAGUCGGUGA